UUUAAUAUCUUCUAAAUUAAGAAAUAUGCAUACUAGUUUGAAUGAUUCUACAUUUAAAUUAUGUAAUGUAAGGAAGUUCUCUACUACAAAAAUAUUAUUAAAAAGUAAAGAUCGAUACAAAGAAAAGAAACAAGUAGUACAUGUUGAUCUUAAUGAAAUAUCUCCGAUUAUAAAGGUGGACCAUAUGAUAUUACAAUUUAAGGGAGCAAUUGAAAAGUUUGAAGACUAUAUAAUGAAACAUUUAUCUUUACGAACAAGAGUAGGUGCUAUAGAAGAACUAACUGUUAAAUUUGAAGAUGAAGAUUACAAACUUGAGGAAAUAGUACAGAUUAAUCGAAAACCUACUAUGGUUGUGUUAGAUGCAUCUGUAUUUCCACAGAUGCUUCCAAAUAUCUUAGCAACUCUACAAAACUCUCAAAUGAAUUUAAAUCCACAGCAAGAUGGUACAACUAUUUAUGUUGCCUUACCCAAAGUUACAAAGGAUUACAGACAAAGUUUAGCAAAGGUAGCGAAACAACACUUUGUUCAAUGUAAAGACACCAUUAGUGAUGUACGAAAUCAGCAUAUUAGAGAGUUAAAAAAGAAAACAAAUGUACCAAAAGAUUUAAUGUUUAGAGCUGAAAAUUAUAUAGGUGCUAUGCAAAAAGCAUAUGUACAGAAAGCAGAACAAAUCCUGAAAACGAAGCAAAAAGAGCUAUUGGGUGAAUCAUAGGAAUAAUGAAAGUGUAUUACCAAUUGGGAGAUGGAGAUGUAUCUAAACAAAACAAC